CGGAGGACGCCGGCGGGGACACGGCCAAGGUGACGCUCCCCGCAGAGCCGCCGCCGCCGCCGGCCCGAGCGGACCCCGCGCAGAUCCAGCAAAAUGCAGGCUCCCGUGGCGCUCCUCGGCUCCCCGGUGCUGUUCCGCUGCUGCUCCCGGGCCCUGGCCAGGCCCGUGUCCGUGGCUGUGUUCAGCAGGCCUGAGGCUCAGACUGCACAGGUGUCCCCGGCUGUGCCCUGUCCCGUGCCGUCCCCGAGGCCGUUCCACAGCACCGCUGUGUCCCGGGACAUCGACACCGCCGCCAAAUUCAUCGGGGCCGGCGCCGCCACCGUGGGCGUGGCGGGUUCGGGGGCGGGGAUCGGCACCGUGUUCGGGAGCCUCAUCAUCGGCUACGCCAGGAACCCCUCCCUGAAGCAGCAGCUCUUCUCCUACGCCAUCCUGGGCUUCGCUCUGUCCGAGGCCAUGGGGCUCUUCUGUUUGAUGGUGGCAUUCCUGAUCCUCUUUGCCAUGUGACAGCUCCAGGGGCUGCCCGGCCUCUCCUCCUCCAGCCUCACCAGUAAAACAAGGAUUUCUCUACUCAAA